AUGGCCAACGUUGCGUCAUCCUCAUUUCCAAUUCCCAUUUUUGAUGGGAACAACUACGACUACUGGAGCAUCAAAAUGACUACGUUUUUGAUGGCCCAAGAUUUAUGGGACAUCGUGGAGAAAGGCUACGAGGUUCCGCAAGAAGGUGCAACAGUUCCGAAGGAUCAAUUACAAAAGGAUGCAAGGGCGUUAUGCGUUAUUCAACAAGCGCUCUCGGAAAUAGUUUUUCCGAGAAUAAUUGGAGCAAAUACGGCAAAGAAAGCUUGGGAAAUACUACGAGAAGAAUUUGAAGGAUCGGAUAAGGUACGUACUAUUCGGCUUCAGACUCUAAGGAGAGAUUUUGAGAAUUCUAAAAUGAAAGUAAAUGAGACCGUUCAAGAAUACUGUGGAAAACUAAAGGAACUAGUUAAUCAAAUGAGAGCUUAUGGAGAUGGAAUUACUGAUCAAAGGGUCGUAGAGAAAAUAUUAGUUUCACUUACCCAAAAAUACAAUCCAAUUGUCACAACGAUAGAAGCAACUAAGGACUUGUCGACCCUUUCAAUAAGUGAAUUGAUUGUCUCUCUAGAGGCACAUGAGAAAAGACUGAUGGCAGAAGAUGAAGAUUCAGUUGAAAGUGCCUUUUAG